UAAAAAACUGGAAAACACAAACACAAGUGUUUCAUCAUUCAGUUUCACUUCGUGCCGACUUUCAAUUCCUCUCUCUCUCUCUCUGCAAAUCCCGCCGUUACACUCUUUUUUCUCCUCUUCAAAUAUUUUCCCUUCAAAUCCCUAAUUUCUAAUUUCCAUAAUGGAGGAUUCCGAAGGAGUCCUCAACUUCGAUUUCGAGGGCGGUCUCGACGCACAACCUACCGCCGCCACCGCAAUCACCUCCACCGCUGCCGUCUCCACCCCGAUCGUCCAAUCCGAUUCCUACUUACCACCUUCCAAUGGAGCCGCAGCCGCGGCUCCAUCUGUUGCUGAACAUACUGCCGGUAAUAAUCCCGGUCGACGAAGCUUCCGGCAAACGGUGUGUCGUCAUUGGCUAAGGAGUUUGUGUAUGAAAGGUGAAGCGUGUGGGUUUUUGCAUCAGUAUGAUAAAGCGAGAAUGCCUAUUUGUCGGUUUUUUAGAUUGUAUGGAGAAUGUCGUGAGCAGGAUUGUGUUUAUAAGCAUACUAAUGAAGAUAUCAAGGAGUGUAACAUGUACAAGUUAGGAUUUUGUCCUAAUGGGCCCGAUUGUCGGUAUAGGCAUGCAAAAUCUCCUGGACCUCCUCCUCCAAUUGAAGACGUUCUUCAAAAGAUCCAACAUUUAUAUUCUUACAAUUACAACAACUCUCACAAGUUUAGCCAACAAAGGGGUUCUAACUAUAAUCAACAAGUUGAAAAGUCUCAGUUUCCUCAAGGAAUUAAUUCUGCAAACCAAGGUGCGGUUGGAAAACCAUUAGUUGCAGAGUCAGGAAAUGGCCAGCAGCAGCAACCAGUUCAACAGUCUCAGCAGCAAGUCAGCCAGAACCAAUCACAAAAUCUUGCUAAUGGCCAGCCCAAUCAAGCCAAUCGAACAUCAACCCCUUUACCUCAAGGAAUAUCUAGGUAUUUUAUUGUAAAGAGUUGCAAUCGUGAAAACUUGGAGUUGUCUGUACAACAAGGAGUAUGGGCAACUCAAAGGAGCAAUGAAUCAAAACUAAAUGAAGCAUUUGACUCUGUGGAAAACGUGAUAUUGAUUUUCUCAGUCAACCGUACUCGACAUUUCCAGGGUUGUGCAAAGAUGACAUCCAGAAUUGGGGGUUCUGUUGCUGGGGGAAACUGGAAAUAUGCUCAUGGAACGGCACAUUAUGGACGUAAUUUCUCUGUUAAGUGGUUGAAGUUAUGUGAACUAUCAUUCCACAAAACUCGCCAUUUGAGAAAUCCAUACAAUGAGAACUUACCGGUGAAGAUAAGUAGAGAUUGUCAGGAGCUGGAACCCUCUAUUGGUGAGCAGUUGGCAUCCUUGCUAUAUACUGAGCCAGAUAGUGAACUUAUGGCUAUCUCAAUUGCAGCAGAGUCUAAACGAGAAGAAGAGAAAGCAAAGGGAGUGAAUCCAGAUAAUGGAGGAGAAAAUCCAGAUAUUGUCCCAUUUGAAGACAAUGAAGAAGAGGAAGAGGAAGAAAGUGAUGAAGAGGAGGAGAGCUUUGGUCAAGCUGUAGGGCCAGCUGUUCAAGGAAGAGGUAGGGGCAGAGGUGGUAUGAUGUGGCCCCCUCACAUGCAUCUUGGGCGUGGAGCAAGACCGAUCCAUGGAAUGCAAAAUUUUAAUCCUAUGAUGGGCGAUGGAUUAUCCUAUGGACCUGCUGGACCCGAUGGUUUUGGUAUGCCAGAUCUUUUUGGCAUGGGUCCCCGAGGUUUUGGUCCAUAUGGUCCUAGGUUUGGUGGUGAUUUUGGAGGCCCCCCAGCUGGCAUGAUGUUUCGAGGUCGACCCUCAAACCCUGGGAUGUUUCCCGGGGGUGGAUUUGGGAUGAUGAUGAAUCCUGGACGCGGUCCUUUUAUGGGGGGAAUGGGGGUUCCAGGUCCAAACGCACCAAGAGGUGGUAGGCCAGUCAAUAUGCCUCCGAUGUUUCCACCACCUCCACCUCCACCACAAAAUAUAAACCGCACUGGCAAAAGAGAUCAAAGACCAAGUGAUCGGAAUGAUAGGUAUGGUUCAGGACCAGAGCAGGGCAAGAGUCAAGACAUGCUCAGUCAAAGUGGGGGUCCUGGUGAUGACAUGCAGCAUCAGCAAGGAUACAACAAGUCACAGCAGGAUGAUCGGAAUGACGAUAGUGAAAGUGAAGAUGAGGCACCUAGGCGGUCAAGACACGGAGAGGGAAAAAAAAGAAAAGGCGAAUCUUAGAAGAAGUUUACACAAAUUCUAAUCACUAGAGCAUGUGCUUUCACCAAGCACUACAUAUUGAUGAUCCACUGACCAGUAUGGCAGUUUUGAAUGGUUUCUUAUUUCUUACGAAAACGAUAAUAAGAUGAUUAGAUUGCUUUGUAUGAAAUUAAAUUGAGAUUAUGUUCAUUUGUACUGUGUAAUUUGCCAUAUGGUUGGUUUCAUUGCACAUUUUAUGAUAUGUAUCGGGAUCAAAUGAUAAGUAGUAGGCUCAACGAAUGUAUACCAGUGUAUUUGUAAAGGGAUUGUAACAUUAGAGUGCUAAAUGAAAAAGUUGAGAGAAUAUUUUGCAACG